AUGAAGGCCACUUUCGUUCUCUCCGCCGUCCUCGGCCUGGCUUCCUCCGCCUCUGCUCACUACACCUUCGACAAGCUCUUGGUCAACGGACAGCAGCAGGGUGGUGACAACACCUACAUCCGAAAGCACCAGAACAGCUACAUGCCCACCAAGUUCAAGAACACCCCCUCCGGCUCCAUCACCCCCAACGAUGCCGACUUCGCCUGCAACAAGGGCGCCACCCCCGCCGCCAAGGUCAUGACCGUCAAGGCUGGCGACAAGGUCGCCUUGAAGCAGGCCUUCGGCGGCACUGGCAUGCAGCACCCCGGCCCCUCCCAGUUCUACAUGGCCCCCGUCAGCAACGCCGCCACCGCCGCCACUUCUGGCCUCGAGUGGUACAAGGUCCACCAGUCCCUCCUCUGCAAGAGCGGCAGCGCGGAGGACCUCCGCCACGGCCUCUGGUGCAGCUACGGCGAGGACAACGUCAACUUCCUCAUCCCCGACUCCAUCCCCAACGGCCAGUACCUCGUCCGCGGCGAGCACAUCGGCCUCCACGGCGCCCACGUGGGCGAGGCCGAGUUCUACUACGCCUGCGCCCAGGUCGAGGUCACCGGCAACACCGCCACCAGCAUGCCCGGCACCGGCGUCAAGAUCCCCGGCGUCUACAAGCAGGACGACGCCCCCAUCAACUUCAGCAUCUGGGGCAACAGCAACUCCUACAAGCAGGGUCCCGGCCCUGAUGUCAUCCCCGGUGGCACCAUCCGUGGCAGUCCCGACGGCUCUUCCGGCGACAAGAUUGCCCGUGUUGCCGGCGGCAGCACUGGCUCUUCCGCCGCCACUCAGCCUUCUGCCUCUCAGCCCGCUGCCUCUCAGCCUGCUGUCUCCAAACCUGCUCCCUCCACACCUGCUGCCUCCCAGCCUACUCCCUCCAAGGCUGCUUCCUCUAAGCCCGCCUGCCGCCGCCGCCGCCGCCGCGUCUAA